CCCAGGAGAGAAACCCACCCAGAAGAACAGGUGGAGCUUUCGGCAGCGCCCAACCGAACUAGAUGAGAUCAUGACAAGCAGGAGGCUGCCCCCCAAUCUCCUCCCGCGCCUGCCCAAACCCACCGAUCUGUCCGCCCAAAUCCGCCAAAGAUCCAAACUUUCUGCCAAAUCCUGCCAUGAUGCUACGGAUUCCGCCGCCGACCCCGCCCGCGCGGUGUCGCUCCUGGCCGAGCGGAACUGGUUCGAGCGGAUCAACUCGGAGUUCGCCGGCCCCCUUCGGCAGCUGGGCCCGCGCUUCGUCGUCCGCGCACUGCAGCACGCCGCCGCCGAGCCGCUCCUCUGCGUGCGCCUCUACGUCUGGGCCUCGCGGUUCGGUCAGCACUUCGCGCGGGACCGGUGCGUCCGGCGCGCGCUAGGGGACGCGCUGUGGCGGCACGGGCCCGUGGUGCUCUCCGCGGCGCUGGUCGCCGAGGUGCAGGGGUGCGGAUGCGUGGUCUCUGAGGAGCUGCUGUGCGCGUUGGUGGAGAGCUGGGGCAGGCUCGGUCUGGCGCACUACGCGCACGAGGUGUUCGUGCAAAUGCCGCGCCUGGGGCUGCGGCCCAGCACGAUGGUCUACAACGCGGUGAUUGCGGCCUCCGUGCGCGCCGGCGCGGUCGACGCCGCAUACCUAAGGUUCCAGCAGAUGCCCGCAGAUGGAUGUCGUCCGGACUGUUUCACAUACAAUGCACUCGUGCACGGUGUCUGCUGGCGUGGGAUCGUCGACGAGGCGCUAAGGCUGGUAAAGCAGAUGGAGGGCGUGGGGAUCAGGCCAAAUGUUUUCACCUACACAAUGCUGGUCGAUGGUUUCUGCAAUGCUGGCAGGGUGGAGGAUGCAGUUGGUGUGUUGGAGAAGAUGAAGGAGAAGGGUGUAGCACCGACAGAGGCCACGUUCAGGACGCUGGUUCAUGGUGUGUUCCGUUCCCUGGGUACAGACAAGGCAUACAGGAUAUUGAGUAAGUGGCUUGAGAGUCAUCCUGCUAUGCAUCACCGAAAUGCUUUUGACACUUUGCUGUAUUGCAUCUCGAAGAACAACAUGGCCAAAGAGGCAGUUGAGCUUGUGGAUAAGAUGAGCAAUAGGGGUUAUCUCAUUGGCAACACAAUGUUUGGCAUUGUGAUCUCUUGUGCUGUGAAACGCUUGGAGUUCAGUUAUGUAUGUGAGUUGGUAGAUGAUUUCAUCGAGAAAGGUGGGAAGUUGGGAUUUGAUGUAUAUAUCAUGAUCAUCAAGUCCUUGCUGAGCUCCAAGGACAUCUCAAAGGUGCAUGAGUAUUUAAGUCAAAUGGUUUUGCAUAGGCUUUUUUCUAGUGUGACAUCCUACAACAUGGUGAUAGAUUGCCUCUCUAAGGCUGGUGAAAUGGUAGUGGCAAUGGAGAUUGUCAAAGUGAUGCGAGAGUCAGGUUUCCUUCCUAAUCUUGUGACAUUUAACACGUUGAUAAGUGGAUAUUCGAAAUUAGGUAAUGUACAUGAUGCGAAGGCUGUUCUGAAGAUGCUUACAGAACUUGGAUUCAUGCCAGAUAUCAUUACUUUUACCUCCCUUAUUGAUGGGCUAUGUCACACCCAUCAGCUGGAUUAUGCCUUUGAUUGCUUCAGUGAGAUGCCGAAGUGGGGUGUUAAGCCGAGUGUCCAGACUUACAAUGUUCUAAUACGUGCAUUUUGUUCAGCAGGGCAUGUUAACAAGGCCAUCCAUCUUCUUGAUAAAAUGAAAAUGGAUGGCAUUUCUCCGGAUGCAUAUUCCUUCAAUGCACCUAUUUUGAGUUUCUGCAGGAUGAGAAAAAUAGAUAAAGCUCACAAACUUUUCACUGCCAUGUUAAGAUAUGGUGUUGCGCCAGACAGUUACACAUACAAUACCCUGAUAAAAGCUCUAUGUGAUGAAAGAAGAGUUGAUGAAGCUAAGGAAAUUCUUCUUGCGAUGGAGUCAAGUUCCUGCAUUGCUGCUAAUCAAAUUACGUAUUGGCCAGUUGUUGGUGCACUUACUAAAAUGGGCCAUUUCAAUGAGGCAGGAGAGUUCAUGAAUAAGUUCUAUAGAAGAAAUGCACACUUAGGCUCCAGUGCUUAUUCGAGGGCAGGGUCGGAAAUUUUGGUUCAGACUGUCAUUGUGUGAGUUAUGAUUUAUCAGCUGCAUGCUAUUUGAUACAUGAAUGCUGCCCUUCUGCUCUGAAAGUGCAGAAUAUACUCAUCUUUGCUAGUGGCCUUGCAUUUACAUCGGAAGUGUUGAUUCCAAGAGAAGCAUCUGGACCUUCUCAGUGCCUUGAAAAAUUGGGCUCACUGGCAUGACUGCAUUUUAGGUAUUCUGUGGAUUUGCAGUUUUCCCUUAGAAAACCUGUUCAGGACAAUGUGGUAUGUUUUCUUUUAGCACUUUUGUGGAGUACCUGUUAUUUUUUAAAUUUUGACUACAUAAAGUGGCACACUUUAUGAUAACCAUUGGGAUCCUUUCAAUCUGUGAACACUAAUGAGAGAAAUGCUACAAGCUUAGAGUAGUUAUAACUAUGUUCCUGUCUUGUUUGUGCUUGAUUUUCAGUGAACUAUGAACAGUCAAAACCAAAAGGGAGUAAAAAAGGGGGAAAUUUGUCUCAGGAAAUAGUCAUCUUGUGGAUAUGGAUAUACAUGAAUCACAAUGUCAAUUUGGUGUUUGGUAGUAGUAGUAGUACUGCCUAAGCAAACUUGUAACACCAUGUGCUAUAUUUCGGUGAACUGUUAGAGCCUAGAGCUUCCUAUCCUGAAAAUCUGAUCUUCGAGUACUCUGCUAUUCGAUACAGUAAAAGCAUCCUAAGAAGAUCAGUUCUGUAUUUCCUCCCUUCCUUUGCAAUGACAAUCUGCCAUCUUGGAGUCUGGUCAUUCAACAUUAAGGUGGCAAAGUCGUUCCUCUGUUGCAUAUAGUUUGACAGUCGAGCAGUUGUCUUCUUUUUGUGGCACCUAUUCAUUGUUGUGAUGUCCUGUGACUGAUCUGUUCUCUAUAUUUUCUCAUUUGUUUUCUUGUUUUUACAGGGAAGCCAACCUCUGUAAGGUGCCACGCUUAGGCUAAACAGGCAGCAUCAUGCAUAUGCAACAACGGAGGAGCUCUCCUUUGCUGAGGACAUGUGCUUUGGAGUUCUUUGCUUCUCAAUGGUUCAGAGUUGAGACUGCAUCCCUCACGGUCACGGCCAAUGUUUUCAGUCACGGGAGCUGUUCGCCGUCAGUGGUGCCAUCUCUUCUUUACAAUGGCUCAACCAAAUGGUGCAAGUAGUUUAGAAACUAGAAAGUGUACUCCGCCAAGGCAAAUCAUUAUGCUCUGAUCUCCUCAACGCCUACGAGAUUUUUGGCCCAUCCGCAUGGCUGGUAGCAUUUGGAGAAUGGAUUUGUGCUUUCCCUUCUCAAAACAACCUUUGGAACAUAUCAAUAUAUGUUUGUUUUUACCCCCUUUUACCUGUUUCCUUGAACUUUGGCGUUUUUUUAGGAGUAUUGCACGUGCUCUGCUUUUGCGUUGUAGUAGGAAGCAAAGUAUGUACAAGAGGUUGCAAAACAAAAGGAAGGUUAUAUGACAGUAAUUACAGAUCAAUCAAC